GGUCGAGGUGAGGUCAGUCGAGCUGAAUCCCAAGAAUUUUGCAGUCUCACUGAAACCUCUCGAUCGACCAUAUCCAAGAGCAGACUUGUGACUUUCGAUUAAUCCGCGGUCAAAAAUUUCAAUUGUUCAAUCUAUGACGCUCCGGAAUCUAACGUUUCUACAGUGCAAUCAAAUUGUAGUUUCAGCGAAAAAUAUUUGAAUUUUACCAAUCAUUGGGAUUAAAUAAUCCGACGCCAGUAAAUCGAGUUCUUUUACAUUACAAGUUUCCUCUGUAACGUAGAAAAAAAAUAAAGAAUUAGCGAUAAUUCACUGCGUCAUUCGUUUGAGGAACUGUCUUCGGACCCGAUGGAGAACAAGAUAGAUUCGAUAAAUACUGUAUGUCGCUCUGUGGAAUACGGCCUUCGUAUAAUCGGUGUAUGGCCGGGCAUGCCGUGCGCAAUUUUAUUCAAAGUUUUCAGCAUAUCGACGAUGAUCGUGUCUCAAAUCUUUCAAUACCGAUAUGCGAUCGUGCGUUUUGGCGAGGAAGAUCUAAUGGUUCUCAUGGACGGACUAAGCGUAACUUUCGCUUACAGCCUUCUGCUCGUCAAAAUGCUUAUUUUCGCGUUUAAUUCUCGUCUGCUGAACGAAAUCGUAACGUGUAUCGCCAAGGACUGGAGGGGCAGCGAUAUUUCGGGCGAGUACAUGAUGACCAAACUAGCUGACAGCACUCGUUGGCUCUGUAACGUUAUAAUCUUUUCGCAUAUGAUGUCAGUAUUUCUCUACGCGAUAGGCACGAUAAUGAAGAUUAGAAACGAAAAUCAAACUGAAGCUCGAGAGCUUAUCAUCAAGAUGGAGAUACCCUUCGAGAUCCAGAGCACAUCGGUACACGUAGCAGUUCUCGUUACGCAAUUUAUUCAUCAGACAACUGCGGCUGCCAUGGUAGGCGUAUUGAAUUCUUUCCUGAUAAUACUGGUUCUUCACGUGUGUGGGCAGAUUGACAUAAUACGGCAAAAAUUGAGUGAAAUUACGCAGAAGAGUAUCGUGCAGAAGAACAUCGAGCAAGGUGUGAACGAGAGUGUCAUAAAGACGCUGAUUGUUCGGCAUCAGCAGAUUAUAGCCUUCUCCAAAAACAUCGAGACUCUCUACUCGAAUAUCGCGCUGAUACAGUUCGUGUCGAACACGCUGGUAAUCUGUUGCCUAGGAUUUCUUAUUGUGAUCUCUAUCGGUGCUCCUAACGGAUCGAUGAUGCUAAUAAAGUCCGUGUUCUUUUAUAUUGUUAUGAGUUUGGAGGCAUUUAUAUAUUGCUUCGUCGGGGAACAUCUCAGUACAAAAAGCGAGAUGAUUGGCUACUCGGCAUACGAAUCGCUUUGGUACGAUCUGAGCCCGAGACAAAAUCGAGACAUCCAGAUCAUGAUCGUAAGAUCUCAAAAGAACUUGACGCUCACGAUAGGAAAAGUCGUAGAACUUUCUUUGAGGCAAUUUGCCAACGUAAGGAUUUUAGCGAAAUUGUUACAGUAUUACGAAAUGUUUUAUCUUCAAUACAAGAAAAUGUCACCUGCUGAAGUAAUACCUGCUUCUUCGCUACGUGCUCUAGCCUGCAGCACCGUUGAUCUUUCUCUGAACUACCGACAGCAUCAACUUGUGAUCUUCGCAUUGGUCUUUCCAUUGCAACGAACUUUUGAGUACCAAGAUGUAGCUAUGACCGUCUUGGCCCAUCCUCUAUUUAAGUUGAAGAAAGAAAAAGUUUUUCUGCUGGACGAUAUCAUAGCACACGUGGUCGAAGACUGGAAGAAUUGUGAUGUUUCGGACGAGUACACGAUGAACAGAAUGGCCAACAUUUCUCGUUGGUUCUCCAACUUGAUAAUCGGUUCGCACGCAGUAUCGGUAUUCCUUUAUGCGAUCGGUACUUUGUUGAAAAUCGAGACUCGAGAGCUUAUUCUUAAAAUGGAAUUACCUUUCAAGAUGGAAAGCACGUUAGUAUAUCUUUCCGUUCUCGUUACGCAGUUCGUUCAUCAGGUAAGUGCGGCCAGUAUGAUGGCUGUGCUAAAUUGCUUGCUGCUCACGCUGGUUCUUCAUGCAUGCGGCCAGAUUGAUAUAAUGCGGCAGAAACUGAGUGAAAUCACGGGGAAGAACGUCGAGCGAGAUGCAAAUGAGAGUGUCGCGAAAAUGCUAAUCGUUCGCCAUCAAAAGAUUAUCUCCUUCUCCAAGAAUAUUGAGACUCUCUUCUCGAACAUAGCGCUAUUACAAUUCGUAUCGAACACUUUGGUCCUCUGUUCCCUAGGAUUUCUCAUCGUGAUCUCCAUUGGUGUCCCAGGCGGAUCGGGUAUGCUAGUUAAGUCCGUGUUCUUUUACAUUUUAGUCAAUUUGGAGGCAUUUAUAUAUUGCUUUCUUGGAGAGUACCUCAGUACGAAAAGUAAAAUGAUCGGCGACGCGGCUUACGAAGCGCUUUGGUACGAAUUAAAUCCAAUUCAGAAUCGAGAUAUCCUCUUUAUAAUUGUAAGAUCACAGAAGUACUUGACGCUAACGAUCGGAAAGGUCGCGGAUCUUUCGCUGAGGCAAUUUACUAACAUUAAUGUUAAAUCACGUUCGUGCUCUUGUGCCGUGAGACUGAUUUGCUCGAGCUCAAUGAGUAGCAGCAUAGAAUCGGUGAAUACCGUGUGCCGUCCUGUCAAAUUCGGCCUUCGCAUGAUCGGGGUAUGGCCGAGCACGUCGUAUGCAAUCUUGCGCAGAGUGUUCUGCAUAUCUUCAAUGGCGGUGUUUCAGACCUUCCAAUAUCGACACUUGAUUAUGCAUUUCGGCGAGGAGGAUCUCUUGCUCCUCAUGGAUGUAUUAAGCACAACUAUGGCUUAUACACUUCUGAUGAUCAAGUUGAUUAUUUUUACGUUCAAUACUCGUCUGCUGAACGAAAUGAUAGCGCGUGUAAUUGAGGAUUGGAAACAGCGCGAUGUUUGCGACAAGUACACGAUGACUAGGAUGGCGUACAUCUCUCGUCGAUUCUCUAACUUUAUAAUUGGCUUGUACGCGCUUUCGGUAUUCCUUUACGCAACCGGUACUUUGCUGCGAUACAGAAGCAGCAAUCAGACUGACACGCGAGAGCUCAUCCUUAAGCUGGAACUACCUUUCGAGAUUAAGAGCACAACGGUAUACGUAGCUGUUCUCGUUACACAAUUUAUUCAUCUGACAAGCGCAGCGAGUAUGGUCGGCGUGAUGAAUUCCUUGCUGAUAACACUAGUUCUCCACGUGUGCGGACAGAUUGACAUUGUGCGGCAGAAACUGAGUGAAAUAACGCGGAAGGACGUCAAGCGGGACGUGAACGAGAGCAUCGUGAAAAUGUUGAUUAUUCGGCAUCAAAGAAUUAUCUCCUUUUCCAAGAAUAUCGAGGCCUUCUUCUCGAAUAUCGCGCUAAUACAAUUCGUAUCGAACACCCUGGUUAUCUGUUGUCUGGGAUUCCUUAUCGUGAUCUCCAUUGGUGUCCCCGGUGGAUCGUCUAUGCUAAUAAAGUCCGUGUUCUUUUACAUUGUUAUAAGCAUGGAGGCAUUUAUAUUUUGUUUCCUCGGGGAGUAUCUCAGUACGAAAAGCCAAAAGAUCGGCGACGCGGUGUAUGAGUCGCUUUGGUACGAGCUGGACCCGAAUCAAAAUCGAGACAUUCUGAUCAUGAUCAUAAGGUCGCAAAAGCACCUGACGCUCACGGUCGGAAAGGUCAUGGAUCUUUCCCUCAAGCAAUUCGCCAGCGUAAGAUCCGGGAAGCGUUUCCUGGCGUUGCCGAGGAGAAACAUGGGGAUGACCACACUCAGCCGAUUGGUCAGAUUCGGCCUUCACGUUUACGGUAUACGGCCGUAUGUUACGUCCACUGUGGUGUUCAGAUUGUACUGGAUCAUAAUGCUCAGCACGGCUCAAGUCUUUCAAUACCGAUACGUGGUAAUGAACAUUCAUAUGGACGACUUCUCCGAGUAUAUGGACGGAGUGAGCAGCGCAAUGGCAUCUUCUUUACUCUACAUUAAGCUCAUUAUCCUUUGGACCCACGAACGAAUAUUUUCCGAUCUAUUGCAAAUGAUGUCUACGGACUGGCAAGAUUACAUCUCGACCCGCCAUAGUUCACGCAUAAUGACAAACGCGGCGAAUCUUGCACGUCGCACCUCGAGGUGGAUUGUCGGCAUGCAGGUGGCUUCCGGAACUUUCUACAGUGUCGGCGUACUCGCUAGCAAUGCAAAUAAUCCUGAGAAAUUAGAGCCGUAUACGCGAGAACUUAUUCUGAAAAUGGAACUGCCAUUUAACAUUAGCACAGAAUUUAUUUACACGGCAGUCCAAAGUGUUCAAUUUUAUCAUCUGUCUUUAGUCUGCUACGGCAUUACGAUUGUCAAUUCACUUCUCGUUACUCUGAUACUUCACAUCUGUGGUCAAAUUGACAUUCUUCGAGAAUGCUUGUUAAAAGUCUUUUCAAAAAAUUCGGCGGAAUCAACGGACGAAAUUACGAUGCGAUCGCUAAUUGCGAAGCACCAGCGUAUUAUCAUAUUUGCGGAGCAUAUAGAGACACUUUACACGUACAUCGCAUUAAUGAUGCUCUUAUCAGAUACGAUCAUUAUAUGCUGCUUAGGAUUUAUUAUUGUUAUCUCACUCGACUCGCCAAAUGCCGCAGCGAUUUUGGUGAAGUCCAUGUUAUUCUACAUCUCGAUGAAUGUCGAAGCAUUCAUAUACUGCUUUUCGGGCGAAUAUCUAAGCGCUAAGAGCAAAAUGAUUGGAAAUGCGGCGUACGAUUCUCUCUGGUAUGAUUUUCCAGCCAAAGAAAGUCGAACUGUACUGUUCCUCAUUGUGAGAUCGCAGAAAAGAUUGACGAUCACGAGCGGAAAAAUCGUAGACCUUUCUUUGGAGCGAUUUACCAGCGUAGUAAAGGCAUCGUUGUCGUAUAUAUCGGUGCUAUUGGCGAUGUACUGAAAAUAGGUAACGUAUUGGUGAUGAGUGUAACAAUAACAUAAAGCAAUAGUGAAAGUAGAAUUUAGUAAGAAGAAAAUAUACGAGAUUGAUUCUAAA